AUGUUAUCUAGUUUCUGUUUUUGGCACUUUGUGUUUGGAGAUUGUCUUGGUUAUCUUAUUUACUCUGUCUUGAGUGCUGAUUUAGAGAUUGUCUUUGGUAUUGAGGAUCUGGAUCCCAAGCCCACCUUGGAUCCUGAUUCAGAUGCUAACUUGGGUCACAUUAUAGAUUCUGAUUUGGAAACUGGCUUGGGUAAAGAGAGGCUCAUGUCAUGA